ACACAGGUAUAUAGUGAGAGUGACAGAUGUGAGAUUUUACACAAUGUCAGGGUUCCAGCUUAUUUUGCUAAUAAAAUAACAGCAUAACAUAAGUAGACUUGAGCUCCUUAGCCAUGCCGUUUCUGGAAGGAGAUGUGGAACAUGCGAACAAGGACGGCGAGUGCAAGGAGGAGCUUAGCUGCCAUUCAGCCAGCCCGACCAAAACCUUCUUCAGCCGGGGUCCGUUUAGUCGGCCCUCUAGCCCCUUGUCCGCACCGGCCCGAUUCAGAAACAGCCCUGGAUCACCCAAACCCAUCUUCCCAUACUCCUCCAACCACGACUCCUCGCCCAAGUGUUCACGUCGCCGCAGCUUCACCGGAAUCUUUCGCUCGUCCUCUAAAGACUCCACAAAUCCCUCCACAUCUCCUGUCAGCAUCAAACUUUUCUCUCGGGCUAGGAAAGCUUCUGGUAUCUCCUCAUCGCCCACUACUCCAACACAACUGACCAAGCAGACUUCGGCAUAUCUUCUGGAAGGCAGUCGGAAUGACACAGUGCACCGUUCCUCCUCCUCCCCCCUCGACACUGGACAGCACCACAGCCCGCCUGCCGCAAAACCACCGCCCUGUCUCUGCUCGGCACCUCUAUCUACCUCACGUGUGGUCCACGGUUUAUCUGAAGACAUGCUGGAGAAACUCGAUCUCGAGGAUGAAGCUGUUGAACAAUCUGAGAGCGACAUUUACAUGCGGUUUAUGAAGUCACAUAAGUGCUAUGACAUCGUCCCUACCAGCUCCAAGCUCGUGGUCUUUGACACAACACUGCAGGUAAAAAAGGCCUUUUUUGCCUUGGUGGCCAAUGGGGUGCGAGCCGCCCCUCUCUGGGAGACCAAGAAACAGAGUUUUGUGGGCAUGCUGACCAUCACAGACUUCAUCAACAUACUUCACAGAUACUACAAAUCACCCAUGGUACAAAUCUAUGAGCUUGAGGAGCAUAAAAUUGAGACGUGGAGAGAGCUCUAUCUACAAGAAACAUUCAAGCCUUUAGUGAACAUAUCACCAGAUGCAAGCAUAUUUGAUGCUGUGUAUUCACUGAUCAAAAACAAGAUCCACCGGUUACCUGUCAUUGACCCUGUCAGUGGAAAUGCACUUUACAUUUUGACACACAAAAGGAUCCUGAAAUUCCUUCAGCUGUUUGUGUGUGAGAUGCCAAAGCCCGCCUUUAUGAAGCAGACACUGGAGGAGCUGAGCAUCGGGACCUACAGCAACAUCGCCUUCAUCCACCCCAACACGCCAAUCAUCAAAGCACUCAGCAUCUUUGUGGAGAGGAGAGUGUCAGCACUGCCUGUGGUGGAUGAGUCAGGAAAAGUUGUAGAUAUUUAUUCCAAAUUUGAUGUCAUUAAUCUUGCUGCUGAAAAGAUGUACAACAACCUUGACAUUAGUGUGACACAGGCGCUGAUGCACAGGUCACAGUACUUUGAAGGGGUCAUGAAGUGCAACAGAUUUGAGACACUGGAAACGAUAGUAGAUCGGAUAGUCAAGGCUGAGGUGCACAGGCUGGUGGUGGUGGAUGAGAACGGCAGCAUCAUGGGCAUCGUCUCUCUGUCGGACAUCCUACAGGCACUCGUUCUCAACCCCGCAGGUAUGACCAGGAAGGAGAGCAAAGCGGAGACGGAGUGAUGCGUGCUGAGAUUGCUGGGUCAUGUGACGUUGCUGUCAGAGACUGAAGUAGACGCGGAGACCACAAGUUUGGGCCACAUGUCAGAAUGAAAGCGUGGAACCAGCGAACUUGACCUACAUGUGUGCUGUUAGAGGGCAAAAGAAGGGGUUUAUGGGUACACGGACUGCUUGAUUCGUCUGUUAUCUGAUUGAUACAUAGAUGGACGUAUUGGCCGCAUGGGGCAAUUAAGGUGAAUCAUCUCUUAUUCAGAAGGAUACUGUGAACUCUGCCUAUUAUAUCACACUAAGCUUCUGCACGCACACUAUUGGCGCUUUUCCACUGCAUGGUACGGCACGGUAUGGCUCGGUACGGUUCACUUUU